CUGUGUGGGCUUGCUAGGUGGCGCCUUCCACUCGGAAACAACGAUCAAAUAUGCCAGAAGGAAAGUUUUUCCGGUGCUUUGGUUGGCUGAGAGAAAAAACCGGUAAAACUAGAAAAGGUUUAACUGUAGUGUCUCUGCCUAAGGAUCUGUGCGCCAUGCGUGGUCCAUUUGAAAAUGGGCCGCGUGACAUCCCUGACUAUGAGCACACAGAGGAUGACACCUUUCCCCCUCUCUCGCCUCCCCUCUCAGCUGGAGACGGUGACCCACAGGGAGACAUCUUGACUGGUGAUGCAGAAGAGGGAGAGGUUUCAAAGUUACCAGAGGUUCCAGUCGCUAAAAGGCGAACAGUCAGGAGACCCCAGCCUAAAUUAGACUCCCACAGACUGCUGUCUGAAAGAGGACUUCCAGCCUUACGUACUUUAUUUGAUGAUGUAAAAUUCAAAGGCAAAGGGCAUGAGGCUGAGGAUCUUAAGGUCCUCAUGCAGAAAAUGGAGAACUGGGCCCACAGACUCUGUCCCAAACUACAGUUUGAGGACUUCAUCGAUAAACUUGAGAUUCUAGGUGGCAAAAAAGACGUGCAGACAUGUCUUAAACGAAUACGACUGGACAUGCCUCUGACACAUGAAGAUUUCGUGGGACACGAUGGUGAUGAAGCAGAGGGACCCGCCUGCAGGAGGAUGCAAAACUCGUUUGAAGAUGGAGGCUUCUCUGAAGAUCCUUUUGUCCAUUCCACCCCAGCCCCACCUUCGGCACUGGUCUCUCUGACUGAGGAACAACAGCGACGCAUUGAGCUCAACAAACAGCUGGCUCUGGAGAGGAGGUUGUCCCGCCAGAAACAGCAAGAAUCCUCACAAUCUGCUUGUCUGGAUGAGCCUGUCGCAAGUUCUUCAGGACAUCUCCCUAGCCAAGAUAACCAAGAAGCCUUGGAUCAAAAUGCAGAAAAAACUGAUACACCUUUAAAACACAAACCUUCUGUGCCUGAGAACUCCCCCCUAUUUGAUGACGAGUGUGACAGCCCCGCCUCAGAGUUGACGGACAGGCAAGACGAGAAUGCUUUUUGAUCAUUUUUAGUCUUCCUGUAACGGGCAAGGUUUUUAUAACAGCUACUACAAAACUACUGCCAACAAGUCCUUCACAGUUGUCUAAAAGUUUUAUCAUUGCACCGGUUGAAUGGUAAUGGAAUGAAAGAACAGAAGAAUGUUCAGCUUGAUUAGAACUUGAUUACCAAAGAGGAACUAAAUUUCACCAAACACCUCAAGUUCAUGGCGAAGUAUAGAGAGCCAAGACAUGCCACAUUCCAUUCCCCUCUUACGCCUCAGAAAUGGAGAAGCAUUGGUUCAGCUUCUGUGAACGACAUGGCCCUUGAUACUCUGUGAGGAUCUAUAACAUUGUCUAAAUUAGCAGGAUCUUGCCUCACUGUCAAAACUACUUGGCCAUCAUCUUUUUUUCUAUCUACAGUUUUGAAACCCAAUAAAAGCCUUUAAUCAGUAACAAAAGAUAUUGGGUUACGAGGAAAGUAGGCCAUUUGCAAGGUGGUUAAUUCUUGAGGUAUUGUGUGGAAUCAUGGAUUGUUGUAUUCAAGCCUCCACAGCCUUGUGGAAGUCUUUGCUGGCAAGUUUUGGUUUUAAAACUUUAAUUCACAUAGUUUCUUCUCAUUUUUCUGUAAUUUUUUACUUUUUUUCAGGACUGUAAAUAAAGUGCUCAUAUACUA